AAACUUAUUUUACAAAUUAUGAUUUUUCAGACGUUCACUUUUCCAAGAAUUUCUCCCUGCCAAACACCCCCUUUAACAAAAUCUUAGUUGAGUACUUGAGGUUGAGGGUGCGCUGCGGCAUCUCGAGUUCCAUAUUUCCAUUCCAUUGGUACCCUUUCUUUCUGCAGUUGAGCUUAGACUCCUCGACUCCAGAAACAUACAUAUACGCACACGUGACUUGUAGUAAUAACAACUAAUAACAAUACCCUUUCUUCUUCUUCUUUCUCGCUUUCGUGUUUCGUCCCUUUCCUCAGUAUCCCUCCCAUGGACGUUGAUCCUCGCCACUACGAACAAAUUGCUAUAAAUGAAAACGAUGUCAACAACAUCAUUCUGUCAUACCUUAUACAUAAUUGCUACAAAGAGUCGUCAGAGUCAUUCAUUUCUUGCACUGGGAUGAAGCAGCCUGCAGAUCAUUUGGAGAACAUGGAAAAAAGAAAAAGAAUCUUUCACCAUGCAUUGGAGGGAAAUGUACUUAAGGCUAUUGAGCUCACGGGGCAGCUGGCACAGGAUAUUCUGGAGAACAAUAACGAUUUGCUGUUUGAUCUUCUAAGCCUUCAUUUUGUAGACCUUGUCUGCUCUAAGAAAUGGACAGAAGCUUUAGAGUUUGCUCAGACCAAGUUGAGUCCUUUUAGUGUGAAGGAGCAGAAAUAUAUGGACAAAAUAGAAGGUUUUAUGUCCCUUCUUGCUUAUGAGAAUCCAGUGGAAUGCCCAAUGUUUCAUCUGAUCGGCUUAGACUAUCGGCAACAAGUUGUGGAUAGUUUAAAUCAAACUAUUCUCGCACACUUUAACCUUCCCAUCCACACUGCCAUGGAGCGGCUUAUACAACAGACCUCAGUAGUUAGACAAUGCUUAAGCCAGGAGGAUGGGGGGCCUCCACCAUUUUCCUUGAAGGAUUUUCUUAAAAGUCGAUGAAAGCAGUUAAAUAUCUAUUGGGAAAUUGGGGAAUGAAGCAUGUAUACCUUGUUCCUUUUUUGCCACAUAAGGGAUUGGUGCAUGCAUGAUUUGAUCACUAGUGUAAAGUUGUCUUCAUAUACUCUUGAAUAAUUUUUUUGGUAGCAGGCUAUCUUGAUCUUUCUGGUCAUACUGCAUUCUUUAGGAAUUAGUGUUCCAUGAAAAUGGAGAAAAUUGCAAUUCUACCGGAUUAAGAUUAUAUUUUCUUUCUGGGGAAUUUGAUAUAAUUGUGGCUUUAAGAUGCUGUCAUUCUUCCAUAGUUUUCCACAUUUUAGAUUGUAUGCAAUCCCUUGUGAGGUUUAGCUGACAAAACCAAAUACUUUUUUUUUUUCAUGUCUAAUUAUGUAUUUUAUGAAGGUUUUGCUUUUACGUA